AUGGACGAUCAUUCGGGCCUUUCCCAAGGCUCCAAGUCAGUCUUCCCCUUCGCCAUCGUGGUAUGGCUUGUUGUGCUCUGGAUAGGCUAUAGAGUCACUAUUGCAAUUUACAACAUAUCGCCCUUCCAUCCACUCGCCCGAUUUCCAGGCCCAAAGAUCGCAGCGGCGUCCUACCUCUACGAAGCUUACUACGACUGGUGGCUCGGAGGACGCUAUGGAAAAGUCAUCGCCCGCAUGCAUGAGCAAUACGGUCCCAUGGUACGCAUAAAUCCAGACGAACUACACUGCUCCGAUCCUGCCUUCACGGACGAGAUAUAUGCUGGCCCCGGUCGUGUACGCGAUAAGUGGCAGCAUCAAUUGAACACUGGUGGAGCCGGACCUGUUUCAGUAACUGGAUUUUCGACAGUGGACCAUGACCUGCACCGCGCGCGCAAGGCGCCACUGAGCAAGUUCUUCUCGCGCCAACAGAUGUUGAAGCUGGAGGGCGAGGUACACGAGUUUGCCAUGAUGACGGCAAACAAGAUGCUCGCUUCUGCUGGAAAGAGCGCUUUCGAUGUUAAAGAAGCGUUCAACUGCUAUACUGCCGACGUCAUUUCGCAGUACGCAUUCGGUGAGCCCAUGGGCUUCGUCGCGCAGGAGGGCUGGGAACCAAACUUCGCAACCUGGGUCAAGUCAUUCUUCAAGAGCGCGUAUAUGAUGCGCCACAAUGCCUUGGGCCGGAAGAUGGCGCAGGUCUUACCGUUCAUGGCCGAUUAUCUUGGUGAAGACAUCAAGGCUGUCAUGCGAGUCAUGAAUGUGACGAUUCCCGAGUAUAUUGGCCAGGCUCUGAAGAACCCAGAGAACGGACGUGUUUUCGCUGAAGUCAUGGGCAAGGACAAGACCAUGUCCGAGGAGGAGAAGUACCGCUACAACGGUGAAGGUUUCAACUUUUUGCUUGCGGGUACCGAAACUACUGCGGCUAUACUGACUGUGUUCACGUACUGGACAUUGGCAAAGCCAGAAAUCUACAAGAGACUCAUGUCUGAUCUCUCUGCCGCUGGUAUCAACACGCAGACGCUCAAAUGGAUCGAAUUAGAGAAGGUGCCGUACUUCUGGGCUAUUCUGCAAGAGUGUCUGCGUAUGAUGCCCGGUGUAUCCCACCGGUCGGCCAGGAUCGCACGCGAGGAAGACUUGCACUACGUAUCGGCGGACGGCAAAUCUGACUGGGUUGUUCCGAGAGGCACACCCAUUGGCAUGACAUCCAUGAUCAAUCAUUGGAACCGAGAGCUUUUCCCUGACCCUGAUGAGUUCCUUCCCGAACGUUGGUUGUUGGAGGACGGAUCGCAAAACUAUGCGCUACAGAAGAAACUGAUCGCGUUUGGAAAAGGAAGCCGCAGCUGCAUUGGUGAGCAGUUGGCGUACUGUGAGCUGUACAUCAUGGGCGCGUACAUGGCUCUCAACGUUCUUCCGAGGGCGAAACUCGUCGAUACCGUGAAGGAGGACAUCUCGUAUGACCACGACUUGAUCGUUGCGCAAACAACGAAGGGCUCCAUUUCGGUUCGCGUCGCUAUUGAGUAG